ACAAGCACGACAAACUGAAGUCGAACACAGAGCAUGAGAGAACAUUUACAUCUGGUGCAGAGGUCAACAUCUUUCAGCACGGGGGAAAGCAACAUAUGUUGUUCAAUAGUUGGUUAUCGAUAGGAUUGAUUGAUGCGUUUAUUGUGUCAUGAACGGGGCAGUUAUGCCGUUGACCCACUGCUACAUUUACGAAUAAUGCCCUUUGCAUUCCGCACAGUGCUAGAAGAUGGCGGAGUCGGAUGUUGGGGAUUUCGCCUCGAAUCGUUCACAGAACAGUAUGGCUAACAAAAAUAGCACCCUGCGUUGCACGUUCUCAGCCCCAAGCCAUAGCGCCACUCUCCUGCAGGGCUUGUCGGUCCUGCGAGCCCAGGGUCAGCUCCUGGAUGUGGUGCUGGCCAUCAAUGAGGAGCGCUUCCAGGUUCACAAGGCAGUGCUGGCCUCCUGCAGUGACUACUUCAGAGCCAUGUUCACUGGAGGCAUGAGGGAGUCAAACCAGGACAACAUUGAGCUGAAGGGCUUGUCCGCCCGCGGCCUGAAACACAUAAUUGACUUUGCCUACAGUGCAGAGGUCACACUUGACCUGGACUGCAUUCAAGAUGUACUGGGAGCAGCAGUCUUUCUACAGAUGGUCCCAGUCGUGGACCUCUGCGAAGAGUUCCUCAAGUCGGCCAUGAGCGUAGAGACCUGCCUGAACAUCGGCCAGAUGGCCACCACCUUCAACCUGACCUCCCUCAAGGAGUCAGUGGACACCUUCACCUUCCGCCACUUUCUGCAGAUUGCAGAGGAGGAAGACUUCCUGCACAUCCCCAUGGAGCGCCUGGUCUUCUUCCUGCAGAGCAACAAGCUGAAGAACUGCAGCGAGAUUGACCUGUUCCACGCUGCCAUCCGCUGGCUGCAGCAUGACGAGGCCCGCCGAGCCGGAGCCAACGAGGUGCUCUGCCACGUGCGAUUCCCCCUCAUGCCCUCCUCGGAGCUGGUGGACAGCGUGCAGACGGUGGACAUCAUGGUGGAGGAUGUGCUGUGCAGGCAAUACCUCCUGGAGGCCUUCAACUACCAGAUCCUCCCGUUCCGUCAGCACGAGAUGCAGUCCCCGCGGACUGUGAUCCGCUCCGACGUGGUUUCACUCAUUACCUUUGGUGGGACACCCUAUACUGACAACGAUCGCACUGUGAGCAGUAAGGUGUUCUAUCUCCCAGACAUUGCAGCGCGUCAGUUCAAGGAACUAACCGAGAUGGAGAGAGGAUCCAGCCACGCCUGUGUAUCGGUGCUGGACAACUUUGUGUACGUAGUCGGCGGACAGCACCUGCAGUACCGCAGCGGUGAAGGGGCAGUGGACAUUUGCUUACGCUACGACCCGCACCUGAGCAAAUGGCUGCGUAUCCAGCCAAUGCAGGAGGGGCGUAUUCAGUUCCACCUCAACGCUCUUCAAGGACAACUCUACGCCACUGGGGGGCGCAACCGAUCCGGAAGUCUGUCGUCCGUAGAGUGCUACUGUCCCAAGAAAAAUGAGUGGACCUACGUGGAACCACUGAAACGCAGAAUCUGGGGCCAUGCAGGAACUCCCUGUGGCGACAAGCUCUACAUCUCAGGGGGUUACGGUGUCUCGGUGGACGAUAAGAAAACCCUGCACUGUUACGACCCCACGUCUGACCAAUGGGACUUCAAAACGCCCAUGAACGAGCCUAGAGUGCUUCAUGCUAUGAUCAGCGCCAAAGACCGUGUUUACUGCCUGGGCGGUCGCAUGGACCACGUGGACCGCUGCUUUGACGUCCUGGCAGUUGAGUAUUAUAUUCCAGAGAAUGACCAGUGGACCACUGUUAGCCCCAUGCGAACAGGGCAAUCUGAGGCAGGCUGCUGCUUGUUGGAUAAAAAGAUAUAUAUCGUUGGAGGGUACAAUUGGCAUCUAAACAAUGUCACAAGCAUUGUGCAAGUGUACAACACAGAGACUGAUGAGUGGGAGAGGGAUUUGCACUUUCCUGAGUCUUAUGCAGGAAUUGCGUGUACGCCGAUCAUACUUCCACAAACCACCACGCAACGGUAAUCCUUUGGCCCAAAGUGAUUGUGACAAUUUGAUUCCAUGCAUUCUUACUGUUGAGGGAAUAAGUGGAAAUAUGAACAAGAUUUUGUUAUAAUAACAGUGUAUUGCUUCAUUUUCCAUCCUAUGGUUGAGGUCCAUGUGCUGCAUCGUAAUGAGCAGUUUUAAUGGAAAUAAGUGUUAGCUUCCCGGGACAAACUCACUUUUAGGGUCUUUAAAAAACACUUAAAGCACUACCUACAGUCAAGAAACCAAUUAACAAAUUUCAGGAUAAAAAAUGUAAUUUGUGCCAUGCAUCAAGGAAGCAUGUUUGGAUUAUUUCAUUGAGUAUAUUCAAUCAAAUAAUAAUUUUGCAGGGUUUGACAAUUUUUUUUACCACAGAUUUGAUGACAUAUUUGACUGCUUAGGACCAUUUGAGAACUAGUGAUUGACUGAAGAAGAGAAACAUAUUUUUUCAGUAGCUCCUAAUGUUUUAUGUUUAUUUCAGAACAUCUGUUUUUACUGUGUAAGAUGAUGUGCUCAUUAGGCUGUUCAAAUGACUGGAGACAUUUACACACAGCCAUCGUAAUGAAACGUGUAUUCCAAACUGACAAGCUAAAAUGUCUCUUAUGGCAGCUUAAUCAUUUUUUUCAACUCCUUUGUGUAAGUGCGUGAGAACAUCUGUAGUUAGAGCUCCUUGUGUAGGAAUUAGGUAGGCUUCCUGAGUAUUCUAAAGUCAUACUGUAUAUAAUCAAUAUACAGUAGAUCAGAAUGAAGUGCUUUUGUCUUGUCCAACUCUUGCAGUGUUUAGUUGUGAGGGGAACUGGUCAAGUGGUCAGUUAUAUUUUGGUGCCACGUUUUUUCUCCUAGCUCCUACACAAAAGGACAGCAUCGGUGUGAGCACUAUGGUAAUGGAUUUACCUAGACAGGCGUACUGCUUUCACUUAUCCAGUCCUGCCAGAACUGUGAAUCUCAAAGAGCUGGGUGCAAGUGGCUGAAAUUCACGUAAGGGUUCAAGUAAAGGCCUAGAUGGAAAGAACAGCGCACAAGCAGUGAUAUGUGAUUAUUUCCCCUAGUGUAUUUCUUCCUUUAGUACAGUGUAGACGGUAACAUUUGAUUUAUGAGGAGUAGCCUGUUUGUGAGGCUUUCAGUAUUGUAUGCAAAACGUAUGGCUUUUACUCAUUUUAGACUGUUGGCAAUGCUGAGACAAGCUGAAUUUUAUUUGGAAGCACAACAUGGCCCUCGUUGAAAAAUGUUUGGUUCUGAGAAUGUCACCUGUUUGCCUUAGUAACAGUGUUUUUGUGAUGUUUUGUCAGUCCAACUCAGAAGCACAUAGUUAUCUUUUAAGUGCAUUAUAAGUGGAGUACACUGUAAUCAAAUGAGAAUGUAGACUUUUGUGUAUCCAUAUGUAUAACUUUAAUUAAAAGGUGUUACGUGAACUGAAAAAGGUAUUCCGGUGUUGUAGUCUCAAUGGUGGAAUGCAUCAUUUUACAAAGACCUACAAAAAUGUCCAUGGGAUGGCAGAUGAAUGUAAAUUGAAGACCAGUAAAUCCUUAUUCCCAAUUGUAGAAAAUUAAACCUGACCUGUCAGUUUAAUAUAUACAGUACUGUAAUAAAGAUGUGAAAUGAA